AUGUCUUUCUCCAACGGCGGCGGAGGCACUCUGGCCCUGCCGUCGCCCACCCACGCCCAUCAUAUGGACGUGACGUCGGCCGUCCGCAACCUGCGACGCUCCAUCUCGAGAUCUCCGUCCAAGUUCCUGUCCCGCACAAGCUCGCAGAGCUCCGAUGCUUCGCACCAGACUGCGCCCCUAUCACCCUGUCGACGAUUCGGCCCAACACCGCAUAGGCCUCAUCUUUCGCCAUCGCAUCCUCAGACAGCUCCGCCGGCUGUCACCUCCAUGCAUGCUUCGACCUCCUACCAGUCCUCCAUCUUCACCCCUCUCCGCCCUAGCGUCAAGCUCUCGCUGCGGUCGGCCAAAUCCACCAAGACAACGUCGCCCUCGUCUCGCCCGCUCGCGAGGCCGCGCAUCUCCCCCAAGAGCCCUUUGAAGCGUGCCUUGAACGCCGCGCCGGCCGCCGCCGUCAACGCGGCCCUCCCUUCCUCGUCGCCCUCCUCGUCCCCCCCUUUCUCAUCUUCGCCCGAGCCGCCCGCCGCCGUCUCUCGGCCAUCGGCGCAGGACCAGGCACGGGAGAGCACAUCCUACAGUCUCCCGGAUUCGACCUCGCGCAAGCAUUCCGAGAAAUCCAACCGCCACAGCGUCCACCUCGACGUCUCGGGCUCCGCUUCGCAGUAUUCGUUCUUGAAAGCGCUGGACGCCAACAGUGAACUGUACAUGGUCUCGACGACGGGCGCACUGAAGCGCAGUGAUGCGACGAUGAACCUCGACCACCCAAACCAAGGUAGUCCCGUCGCCAAGCGGCGUAGCCUGCACGGCAUCCCCGCGCUCGGCCAGUCCGAGGACUUCAACAUAUUCGGCGCCGCUGCCGCCGCCGCCACCGCCGGCAUCGGUCCCUCGCAGAGCUUCGACAUCCACGAGGACGCGCAGCCGGAAUACGAGCUGACGGCCGACUUCGAGGCCGGCGUCGACGGGCCGGCGUCGCCGCGUGAUCCGCGCGCAUCCCCGACGCCCAUGUCCAACCUCCCCAGGCGGUCCUCGUCCCUUCGAAGGUCCACCUUGCAGCAGCGAUAUGGAGACAAGGGGUCGUGGGGACGGAGGACGGGCGAGCGACAGCUCGCCCACAUGAACCCCGAGUCCUCCACUCCCGCUCGUCACCGGCCUCGCCUGUCCACCGAUCAUUUUCUGCCGCCCCAAGUUGCGAGGGACAGCCCCUUCUCGUCCGGCACCUCUCUUCCGAGCGCCUCGGCCCACCCCAUGGACGGCAAGGGUCACCAGCCGCACCCGCUCUCCAAGUCCCUGACCACCUCGUCGUCGGGCAACAGCCUGACGGAGGAGUCGCCCGCCAACGCACCCGCCGUCCAGCUGGCCGCGAAGCCCAGGCCGCCCCUCUUCUCCCGUUCGCUUCCCCUCAACGCGACGCGGCCGACGGCUCGUUCGAUGAACGACAACUCAAAGUCGGUCGCGACCCCGAACCACGCCCAUCAUCAGCUCUGGUUCGGCGCCUUCAACUCCACCGGCUUGAUCUCCAAGGUCAACCGAAACCCCGAGGAUGUCGAGAACAAGCUUGCGCCCCCGGACACGCCUUGCAAGAAGCACUCGAAUCCCUUCGCCACCUUCCCCCCCCCGGCAGGCAGCGUCAUGAAGCGCAAGGGCAACAAUCGGAACUCGUUUGCCGGCAUGCCAUCGACGCCCUUCAACCGACCGGCCAGCAGGUCCGCCGACGCGUUCGGCCAGCCGGCCAAGGGCCUCUCCAUCUUCCAGCGCGGCUCGGCGAUGCAAAAGUCUCGUCGCGCGAGCCUUCUCAGCCAGGACGGCGAGGACCGCAUGCUGCUCGGCGAUGCCGUCCUCGGCGAGCCUGCCCUCGGCGAGCCUGCCCUCGGCGACCACAGCCUGGGCGAACCCAUGCUGGGCGAAUCCGGUGAUCUGUCCAACGGCGCCGAGGGCUACGCGCCGCCCACGCCGACCAAGAACACGCUGACUCCGAGCCUGAGCAACCUCAGCGAGAAGUCGCUGGAGAGCCCGAGCGCGAAUCGCACCUUCAUCCUGCCCCUCUCGGCCGUCAAGCCGGUCGCGUCUCGAGAAUCCACCUGCACCACGUUGGACCUGCUGGCGCCGUGCGAGUCGAAGGAUUGGGACGAUGCGGCGAAAACUCCCUGCGCCGGUCGACCGGCUCCCCUCGACCGCGAGCCGUCCCCCACUCCGUGCCUCGCGCCGCGUCCGUCUUUCAGCCGGUCCAGGAUCCACCGGGGGUUCAUGGCGCCCUCGCCGCUCGCCCCCAAGCCCUCGCUUCUGUCGGUCCAAUGCUCGGAGAGCGCGUUCACCAAGCUUGCGUCUGUCGAUCCGGCAAGCCCCGUCGACGGACGACGGACUCCCCAGACGCCCCAGGAGAGCCUGCUUCCCCUCGACACCAGCCGCCUGUCCAUCUCGCAGGCGCCCGAGCCCUUCAACGAGAGCAACAUGCCGCCGCCCGUCACGCCGACGGCGGGGCGCGAUUUCCGCUCGUCGGCGAGCAUCUUCGUCACGCCGGUCAACGGUCGGGUGAGCGGCAUCGACAUCGACGCGAGCCUCUACUCGAGGUUCGACAAGGUCGAGCAGGUCGGCAAGGGCGAGUUUUCCAUUGUCUACCGCGUCACCAAGCUCGAGCACGCCAACGUGUUCAUGACGGGCAUCGCAACCUCCAACGACGGCGCCGCCCGCAGUCCGACAAAGGGCAAGGUGUUCGCCGUCAAGAAGAGCAAGCAGUCGUACCACGGUCCGCGAGACCGGGAGAUGAAGCUCCGCGAGGUGCAUGCGCUCCAGGCCCUGGUCAAUGCCGAGCAUGUGGUGCAAUACAUCGAUAGCUGGGAGCACAAUUUCCACUUGUAUAUACAAACCGAGUUCUGCGAAGAAGGAACGCUGGAUAAUUUUUUGGGCAACGUUGGCCGAGGCGGGCGAUUGGAUGACUUCCGCAUCUUUAAGGUCCUCCAGGAUCUCUGCUUGAUCCACGAUGCCGGAUUCAUGCACCUCGAUAUGAAGCCGGCCAAUAUCCUCAUCACCUUCGAGGGGGCACUGAAGAUUGGAGACUUUGGCCUCGCCCAACCGUGCUCGUCGGCGGAGGGCAUCGACGUCGAGGGCGACCGCGAGUACAUGGCGCCCGAGAUGUUGCGAGGCACGGCCGGGCAAGCUGCCGACGUCUUCUCCCUCGGCCUCAUGACGCUUGAGACGGCGGCGAACGUGGUGCUCCCCGACAACGGGCCCACCUGGAUCGCCUUGAGGUCCGGGGACCUUUCCGAAGUUCCGAGCCUCACCUGGACGCCGUCGAUCGAGGUCCAGCGAGACGCCACCGGCAAUCCGUCUUCCCACAGCGACGAGCUCCAGGCCGAGUGCGUCCACGGCACCGGCAACGUCUUUGGCGCAUCGUUCAAGCGAUCGGAGCAGCAGAUGCCGCCCGCCUUCAUGGUCGAGGCCUUCCACCCGAGCUCGCUCGACUCGAUCGUGAGGUGGAUGACAGCCGAGUCUCCCGCGGACCGACCUCUCAUCGACCAGGUGCUCAACCUCGAGGGCCUGCGGUGGGUUGCGGAUCACCGAAGCGCCCCGGCCACCGUCUACGAGGGCAACUGGGGGUCGGCCGAGGUUUUCCCAGUAUCCAUCGCCAUGGAUGGCGAUACGGAAAUGACGGACGUGUAG